UUCCGAUCUGCUCGUUCGGGAACACCCCCUUCCUUGUUCAGCGGUAGCUCCUCCAUUCCGUUCGGGAAAUUCCAAUCGUUGGCUCAAUCGAUGCAAAGGGGUAAUCUUCACACCGUCGGAUCGGGGUCGGCUGCCCUCAGGGUUCAAUCUGGACCUAGCUUUCCUAUCAAUCAGGGGAGCAGCAUUCGGAGCACGAUUUUCACGCAGUGGCAGAAUUUGAAGAAGGGUGCUGCGUUUGUAUUCACUGCGGAUAUGGACAUCGACUGCGAUGGGAUCGACUACCGAUGCCCGGGAAAUACCGAUGGUCAACCCCAAACGACUUAUGGCGCCCUGUCAGCAUAUUCUGUACCUUGGAUCGUUAUUCCAGAUAGUUUCGUUUCUCAGCAUAGCAGUCGACUUCCUGGGAAUAAUGUUGCCGCUGUUUUAUGCAAUGGCAAACUCUUCUAUGGUAUCCUUGGAGAUACCAAUGGGGAUAGUCCCGAAGUGACGGGAGAAGCGUCGUACCUCCUUGGCAGAUCCUGUUUCCCUUCUGAUAACCUCAAUGGAGGCAAGGGACAUGGUUCAGCGGAUGUUACUUACAUCGUCUUCCUGGGCCAAGACGCCGUCCUUCCACCUUCAGCGAUCAACAAGAAUUACAUCACGGAUUUCGGAAAACUUCGCAGUAUGGGCGAUUCACUUAUGAAGGCUCUCGUCAAUAACGCUGGGAUCUAAACGGGAAUUUGUUGUUGUUGAUUUCUUUUCUUUUCUUUUUUUUUCUCUCUCUCUCUCUCUCCUCCCUGUUAGUCCCCAGUAGUACGGUAGUGCGGGGCGCGUAUGCGUACGGGGGGCGGUCUGAGGUAGCACCACUAGUAUGGAGGAUCAUAGAGUGGUUGUGGCUGCAUUGGGAGUUUGCGCCAUUCCUAUUUCUUUUCCCUUGAUGGCAGCCAAAACUUUUUCUCAAUUUCAGUUUUCCUUGCUUGCUUCUAUCUUCAUCCUACUUUUCUUUUUUUCCUUCCACUUACCUCGUACGUUGGCUGUGCCAUCACACACGACUGGAUUCCAUUUCUCCCAGAGGGCUUUCUUUUCCUAUCAUCGAUCUUCUCUUAGCGCUUGCAGUACUCUUGUAUGUACACUCACGAUGACUGUCAUGUUUACAUGUCACCUCAUCCU